AUGGGAAUGAAAAGUCCGUUCAAUUUGGGGCGAAUGAAGAUGUGGUCUUGGUAUCUGACUCUGCCAGCUGAUUCCACAAGACAUCGCAAAGGAGCUUCGAUCAAUUUCCAUGCCCAUGCCCAUUUGCACCGUCGUCUGUCAUAUUUCGCACAACACCUUCACAAUUGGCGUCCCUUGAAUGACUCUCGAUUGUCUCGUUUGAAAACAGGCACGGUCGGAGAAACUGACAGGCUUCCAGCUAGUCGUCUGUUAUGUAUUCGUGGAUGGAGCUCAAGACCCUCGGCUAUAACGUCUCAGGCCAAGCUUCGGGCUUGGUCGUUUGGAGUUUCCACCAUGGUGAGGAAAACAAGGUGA